AUGUUUGUGUCUGUGCUUCAAACAGACCAGACAACUCAAAACGAAGUACGCAACAUCUUGGAUGAUAACGACGGUGAUAUUGUUCUGAAUGCGGCGAAGAUCGUGGAUACGAUGUAUGAAAAUAUGGCGACAAAAUUUCAAGAGAAAUUAGACAUUAUUUCUAUCAAAUUGAAUGAUCAGCAGCAAUUGAUGGAAAAACUGCAAGUUCGGGUUGAAGACCAAGAAUGGUAUUCACGGACAUUUUGCUUACAACUUAUGGGAUUUCCGGAAGAGAAAAAUGAAGAUACAACGUCCAAACUAGCUGAUUUUAUUUUUAAUACAUUGGGGGUUGAAAUGUCGGUAGAAGAUACUGAAAAUUCGCAUCGAGUCGGUCAAUAUCAAAAUAGCAAAACAAGGGCGUUUAUAGCAAGAUUUUUUUCUCGUCCAUUUCGUUCGUCUAUUCUUCGUUCUUUAUACAUUUUACGCCAAGUAAAUUCAAGCAUAUUUGUUUAUGAAGAUAUCGCCAAAUUCACAUAUGAGUUAUGGAAAAAGGAACGUGCUAAUUUGGAAGGCGACAAAAAGAAAAACAUUAUUGUAUACAACGGUCGUCUCUUUCAUCGUCAACUGAAUGACACAUUUGCAAUUGUCAAAUAG